UGUGUUGUGUUGUCAUCGCUGGAUUCUUCGCAUCAUCGCUGGAGGAUACCCUGCAACUGCAGAAGACACACAGAGGAAAGUGGCUGGGAUCAUUAAAGAUCGCCAAUUCCAGGUUUGUUGGUCGAAGAGAAUGUCCGAGCCGAGUCCAUUGCGACAACGCGACGAACUUCGUCGGAGCAAGUCGCCAUCUGGAGGAGCUAAGGAGGCGAGUCGAGGCCGAGGAGAACGCAGUUCGCGACUUCGCAUCAAGAAGCGGAUGCGAAUUUGCGUUCAUACCGCCGAGGGCUCCUCACUUCGGAGGACUAUGGGAGGCAGGUGUGAAGUCUGCAAAGCACCUACUCCUACGGACGGUGGGCAACGCCCUGCUCACGCUCGAGGAGCUGCAGACAGUGGUCGUGGCGGUCGAGGCGGUGCUCAACUCCCGCCCGCUAGAGCCGUAAGCCAAGACCCCAACGACGGCGAGGCGCUAACCCCGGGCAUCUACUGGUGGGCGGACCACUGGUGGCACCGGCAGCAUCGCGGACCCCGGACCAGGAGGGUCUGAGUUGCUUAAGGCGAUGGCGAGCUGUCUCGUCGCUCAAGCGAGCGUUCUGGCAGCGAUGGUCCCGGGAGUA